CAAAACGGCGUUUCUGUUGAGUUGCGUGAAAUAGUUUCACGUUGUACUACAAGCCCCACAAUGCAAUGCGUAAUUUUCGCUGUGUCUGUAUGUGAAGCCGUGCAAGAGAGGGGGGCAGAGAAAAGAUUUUGGAAUCCGUCUGCUGAGUUGAAGCUGUGCUGCUGACAAAAUAAUGGCCUAGCUCUUUGACAUGUCCCUGGACUGGACUGUGCUCAAAGACGUCACACGGUAGAGUCACGCCCGCCCCCGCACCUGACCUGCCUUGUCCACACCCCCUGCUGACUCCUGCAGCUCGAGCAGGAUGGAGCCCUCCUUUGGGCCGACCUUCUCAUCUGUGGCCACUGGAGCUAAAGCUGAAGCAAAUACCAGCUUUAAGCAACACAGAAGAACCCCCUCCUCCUCCAGCACUCUCACCUAUUCCCCACGCGAUGAUGACGAUGGAAUGCCCCCGAUCGGCACUCCUCGAAGAUCUGACUCGGCCAUCUCAGUGCGGUCGCUCCACUCUGAGUCCAACAUGUCUCUGCGCUCCACCUUCUCUCUGCAUGAGGAGGAAGAGGACACAGAACCACAAGUGUUUGCUGAGCCGCCUUCAGUCAAACUAUGUUGCCAGUUGUGUUGCAAUGUCUUCAAGGACCCAGUCAUCACAACCUGUGGGCAUACCUUCUGUAGACGAUGUGCCUUGACUUCAGACAAGUGCCCAGUGGACGCCGCUAAGCUAACCGUGGUGGUGAACAACAUUGCAGUGGCAGAGCAGAUCGGGGAGCUGUUCAUUCACUGUAAAUACGGCUGCAGAGCAACAGGCAGCGCAGCUGGAGCUGUUGCCGGGAAACUCAACGGAGCCUUCGAGGUGGACCCCCUGGGCUGCCCGUUCACCAUCAAACUGACAACACGCAAAGAACACGAGUCCAGUUGUGACUACAGGCCAGUGCGCUGCCCCAACAACCCAUCGUGCCCCCCUCUGCUCACCAUGAACCUGGAGGCUCACCUCAAAGAAUGUGAGCACAUCAAAUGCCCCCACUCCAAAUAUGGCUGCACGUUCAUCGGGAACCAGGACACCUAUGAAACCCAUCUGGAGGUGUGCAAGUUUGAGGGACUAAAGGAGUUCCUGCAGCAGACAGAUGACAGGUUCCAUGAGAUGCAGUUAACCCUGGCUCAGAAGGAUCAGGACAUUGCCUUCCUGCGCUCCAUGUUGGGCAAGCUGUCCGAGAAACUGGACCAGCUAGAGAAAAAUCUGGAGCUCAAAUUUGACGUGUUGGACGAGAACCAGAGCAAACUAAGUGAGGACCUCAUGGAGUUCCGCAGGGACGCUUCCAUGCUCAAUGAUGAGCUCUCCCACAUCAAUGCCAGACUCAAUAUGGGAAUACUGGGCUCAUAUGACCCUCAGCAGAUCUUCAAAUGUAAGGGCACGUUUGUGGGGCACCAGGGUCCAGUCUGGUGUCUGUGCGUCUACUCCACUGGAGACCUGCUCUUCUCAGGCUCCUCUGAUAAGACCAUCAAGGUCUGGGACACGUGCACGACUUACAAGUGUCAGAAGACACUGGAGGGGCAUGAUGGCAUUGUCCUGGCUCUGUGCAUCCAGGGAAACCGGCUGUACAGUGGCUCCGCUGACUGCACCAUCAUAGUGUGGGACAUCCAGACUCUGCAGAAAGUGAACACGAUCCGCGCCCAUGACAACCCUGUGUGCACACUGGUCUCCUCCCACAACAUGCUGUUCAGCGGCUCCCUCAAGGCCAUCAAGGUGUGGGACAUUGUGGGCACUGAGCUGAAACUAAAGAAAGAGCUGACUGGUUUGAAUCACUGGGUCCGAGCUCUAGUGGCCUCACAGAACCACCUCUACAGCGGCUCCUACCAGACCAUUAAGAUCUGGGACAUCCGCUCCCUGGAGUGUGUGCACGUCCUCCAGACCAGUGGGGGCAGCGUCUACUCCAUUGCCGUCACCAACCACCACAUCGUCUGUGGCACCUACGAGAACCUCAUUCAUGUGUGGGACAUUGAGUCGAAGGAGCAGGUGCGCACUCUGACGGGACACGUGGGGACAGUGUACGCUCUGGCUGUCAUCUCUACUCCAGACCAGACCAAAGUGUUCAGCGCCUCCUAUGACCGUUCUCUCAGGGUGUGGAGCAUGGACAACAUGAUCUGUACCCAGACUCUGCUCAGACACCAGGGCAGUGUCACAGCACUGGCCGUCUCUAGGGGGCGCCUCUUCUCCGGAGCCGUGGACAGCACCGUGAAGGUGUGGACAUGUUAAGAAGUCUUUAUUCACAAAGGACCUUUUUAUCAACGCUAUCAGACUCUACUGGAUCUAGUGUCCUUCUUUGGCAUUUUUCCUGCAACACGCUCACUAUUUAGAGACUUACUGAGUGAGCCCUCACCAGUGCAUUACAGAAACAGAUAAACAGAUGAACUGCCUUAUCUACAGUAUCCUACAUACUCAGCCUGAAGAGGACACUUGUGAAGAGAAAGACUGUUUUAAUUAAUAACAAUGUCUGAAGUUUCAAUACUGUAUGUGUAAAGACUGCUUUUACAAUUAUUGGAGAGGACACUGCUCAUUUUAAAGAAAAUUUUAACAAAAUCUGAACAUUUAAAAGGUGUUGAAGUCAUAUCUACCUAUUAUCAAAAACAAUUGGUUAUUUUAACUCCAUAUCUUUUCAAAUAUACAUUGUUAGGUUUAGGUUUUGAUUGUGGAAAUUGUUUAAACCAUUGACCACAACAUUGAAACAUUUCAUUUUAAAAUCCAAAACUUUUUGCCGAUAGGGUCCCAUGAUGAACGUGGUGACCACCUCAGUUGUUUGUAGGACAGACUCGGGAAAUUUUUGCUUGCAAUUUUUUUUGUUUUUAUAAAUCAUAACUCCAGCAACAAUGGAAUAGCAAUAAGUGCCAACAUAUUUACAACCCUGAAUGCCUGUCCUCUCAAAAAUUCUGUGAGGAAAAAAAAUCAUGUAUGUAAUCUCACUUUAUAUAAUGCAUGCAGCGUCAAUUAAAAAGUGGGACAAGAGCAACUAGGGACAGGUACAGGACAACCAAAAAAGUGACAGGUGGUCACCCAAAGGACAAGGUCUGGACUGGAGGGAGGACUGAUGUGUAACUUUUAUUUAUGUGUCCAAAUGAUUGUUGUCAAAGCAGUCUCUUUAAAUUUGUGAUGAAGAUUUUAUGCAGACAUCUUAUAUUUUGUACCAGUGCCACUAUAAAAAUGUAUAAUAUGUGUCUAUAACAAGAGACAGUGCCGAGUUUGGACAGUUGCCAUGACGACUCACUCCUAUAUCUAUAUCUAUAUAUAUAUAAAUAUAUAUCUCCGAGCGGGACAGUGGACAGGCUCAGGCCCCUCAGCCUAAGAGUGCCAUAUGUGUGAAUGAGCGUGGCCCACCUGUCCCCUCUUCUGCUCGCCCGAUCUGAUGACUGUACACUCCUGCUACAUUUAACCUGUAUGACUUUAACCAAUCAGAGAUAAGCAGGAAGUGCCCAUAUUGGGUUGGACACGAGUGGAUCACAGAGUAUUUGUAAAUGUAAACAUAGCUUUCUACUGAUGUUGAUGAUGUGGUAUUGAGUUUUGGUGCACUUUGAGUCGAUGCAUAGCCUUGCAGAGAUCACAGUAAAGUUCUUGUAUACUGUAUCAUGUUAGCCUGAGUUACACUCCAGUCAAUAAAACUUUUACAGUUGUUAUGCUUCAA